CUGAUUGCUCGGCGGCGAGCACGUGACUUCACAGCUGAUUUCCGCGGAUGGCGUGUUUUCGCAGGAACAGAUGCUCGUCUUCACCUCGGCGAGGCAUGAAUGCGCCUCGCUGACACACAGCUGCCCCAGACAGCAGACCCGCAGUCGUUAUGGCCCAGGCUGCACAGAUGAACGUCCUGGACAUCAACGCUCCUCUCCGAGUGGAGCACGACAAGAAAAGACGACAAUUCAGCAUCCGACUGAACGGUUCCCAUGACAGGGCUGUUCUGCUGUAUGAGUAUGUGGGGAAGAAGACCGUGGAUCUGCAGCACACUGAGGUUCCUGAAGCUUACCGGGGACGAGAGAUCGCCAAACACCUCGCCAAGGCUGCGAUGGACUUUGUGGUGGAGGAGGACCUGAAAGCCCAUUUGACCUGCUGGUACAUCCAGAAAUACGUCAAAGAAAACCCUCACCCCCAUUACCUGGAGCACGUCCUCCACUGAGAGCCAGAGAUGGGGACGAGCUCCAUUCUAACAGGACGAUUUGGGAUUGGGUGGGAUGGAUAUCUUUUGGGAUUCCCUAAUCUGUCUGACUUGUGUUGUCUUGAAACGCCACAAAAGAAAGAGAUUUAUUUUUUGUUUGCGAGUGAGAGCAAUUUUAAGAAGGCGAGAGGUCUGAAAAUACGAAACAUUUUCUUAGGACAGAUAAGAGUGUGGACUUUGAGGUGGGCUAGUUUCCCAGUGACUCAAGCGGACUUUCAAGCCAAUCCGGAGAAGUGAGAGGAUUAUGACACUUGUUAUGAACUCAGAAUAUCAACUGUUUGAUGUGAUCAUAAGAGUGACGUUAGACUCCAUAUGCCUCUCUGGCCUUACGCCUUCAGAUUUAGUGGUGCUCACGAGAGAAAUACACACACGUACUUGUGUUCCCACAUGCACAGAACGUGCACACUCAGGCUGGUGUGGAGUUUUAGGGACAUCACAAUCUAACCGUCCUGUCAGAAACUACUAUUUCUUCUGUUCAUGUUCUAGGCUGAUCUUGUGCUUUUGCAUGUGUUGUUCUGUGUAUACUAUGACCAGUGAGGAGCUCAGACUCUGGAGACAAUCACCUGCCCAUAUAUACUAUAUAUAUACACACACAGGGCUGAACCUCUCAGGAUGCACACUUUAUAAAAACAAUAAAGCACCUCUGCAUUGGG